CCUGUGGUGAACAGCACUCCAGGCCCCUUCGAUGGCCCGCAGUGGCCCCAUCAGGCCCCUCGCACCACCUACCUGAUGGUGGCCGUCCUGAUGGGCAUGGUGGUGGUGCUGGCAUCCUUCGUCAAUGGCCUGGUCAUCCUGGUCUCGCUGCAGUACAAGAAGCUACGGUCGCCGCUCAAUUACAUCCUGGUCAACCUGGCCAUAGCCGACCUCCUGGUCACGUUCUGCGGCAGCACGGUCAGCUUCUCCAACAACAUCAACGGCUACUUCAUCUUCGGCAAGUCCGUGUGCGAGUUUGAAGGCUUCAUGGUCUCCCUCACUGGUAUCGUUGGUCUCUGGUCACUAGCUAUCUUGGCUUUUGAGCGUUACAUUGUUGUCUGCAAGCCAAUGGGGGACUUCCGUUUCCAGCAAAGGCACGCUGUGAUUGGAUGCCUUUUUACAUGGGUGUGGUCCCUCAUCUGGACCGCUCCACCACUUUUUGGAUGGUGCAGCUAUGUUCCAGAAGGACUAAGGACAUCCUGUGGACCAAACUGGUACACAGGUGGUGCCAACAACAACUCUUACAUCAUGAUGCUCUAUAUCACCUGCUUUCUCAUGCCUCUCAGCAUUAUCAUCUUCUCCUAUACCACCCUGGUGUUUACGCUCAGAGCAAUAGCAGCUCAACAGAAGGAGUCGGAGACCACCCAGCGGGCGGAGAGAGAGGUGACCCGCAUGGUGAUCGCCAUGGUGCUGGCCUUCCUUAUCUGCUGGUGCCCUUACACCACCUUUGCCUUAGUGGUGGCCAUCGACAAGGACAUAAAGAUCAGCCCUACGCUGGCCUCCAUGCCUGCUUACUUUUCCAAGACAGCCACCAUUUACAACCCCAUCAUCUAUGUCUUCAUGAACAAGCAGUUUCGAAACUGCAUGCUGACAAUGAUGUGCUGUGGGCGCAAUCCUUUUGGGACGGUGGAGGACACCUCAACAUCGGGGUCCUCUACUGGCAAGACUGAAGUCUCUUCAAUCUCAGCAGGUGCUAGCAAGGUCAGCCCAGCCUAG